GUGGCCAAGUGAAAAGUACCAAAACUUUGGCCUCCCUUUUCUGAAAGCAUCGGCUCUCUGUCAGAUCCGGGAUAAUGGACGUAAAGGACAGGCGACAUCGCUCUCUGACCAGGGGACGGUGUGGCAAAGAGUGCCGCUACACAAGUUCCUCCCUGGACAGCGAAGACUGCCGUGUGCCCACGCAAAAGUCCUAUAGCUCCAGUGAGACUCUGAAGGCCUAUGACCACGACAGCAGGAUGCACUAUGGAAACCGAGUCACAGACCUCGUUCACCGGGAGUCAGAUGAGUUUCCAAGACAAGCUGCCAUGGAGCUUAAUAAAGACAUAAUUAUACAAGAUGAAUUAAAGCAAAAUCAACCUUCCAUCAAUGAGCAAAGAACUAACUUCACCCUUGCGGAAUUGGGAAUGUGUGAGCCCUCCCCACACCGAAGUGGCUACUGUUCUGACAUGGGGAUCCUUCAUCAGGGCUACUCUCUGAGCACAGGGUCUGACGCCGACUCCGACACAGAGGGAGGGAUGUCUCCAGAACACGCCAUCAGACUGUGGGGGAGAGGGAUAAAAUCCAGACGCAGUUCCGGCCUGUCCAGUCGUGAGAACUCAGCCCUUACUUUGACCGAUUCUGACAACGAAAAUAAGUCAGAUGAUGAGAACGGUAGGCCUGCUUCUUAAAUACCUUUUAAUGUUCUGGGUAUGGCGCAAUGUGGCGUUUGGGAUG